UCUCGCUACCCCGCACCCAUAAGUUCGUUGAAGCGUCGUCGGUGUUUUCCAAUCGAGUUCCUUCUGUCAUUGUCGACUCGGCAUUCUGCCACAUGUAUAUUACAUCAGUUUGAUAAAAUUCAUUUUUUCGUGCUUAAUCCUUUAUUAAAACGGCGUAUCGAAUUUUAUCAAGAUGGUGUUAUCAUGCAGAUUUUACAAGCAAAAAUAUCCCGGGGUGGAGGAUGUGGUGAUGGUGAAUGUAAGGUCCAUCGCCGAAAUGGGCGCCUACGUCCAUCUUCUGGAGUACAACAAUAUCGAAGGAAUGAUAUUGUUGUCGGAACUUUCCCGUCGACGUAUCCGGUCUAUCAAUAAACUGAUUCGGGUUGGUAAAACCGAACCUGUGGUCGUGAUCCGUGUGGAUCAAUUCAAAGGAUAUAUCGAUCUGUCCAAGCGACGAGUAUCGCCAGAGGAUGUGGAAAAAUGCACGGAGAGAUUUGCCAAAGCUAAGGCAGUGAACUCGAUUCUUCGGCAUGUGGCUGAUAUGAUGAAGUUUACCGACGAGCAGCUGGAAGAACUGUACGAAAAAACCGCCUGGCAUUUUGAGGAGAAGCUCAAGAGUAAAGCGGCUGCAUACGACGUGUUUAAACAGUGUGUCAUUGAGCCAUCAUUGUUGGAUGAAUGUGGUCUAGAUUCCGAGGUGAAGGAACUACUGUUGAGCAAUAUUAAGCGCAAACUGACAUCGCAGGCAGUUAAAAUCCGAGCCGACAUUGAGUGUGCAUGUUACGGUUAUGAGGGUAUCGAUGCAGUCAAAACUGCACUCCGGGCUGGCCUGGACCUGUCUACUGAGGAAUUGCCCAUUAAAAUUAAUUUGAUUGCGCCGCCACUAUAUGUAAUGACAACCUCAACACCAGAGAAAGCCGACGGACUAAAAGCUCUAGAGGUGGCCAUCGAAAAGAUCAAGGAAACGAUCGAGAAUCUCGGCGGAGUGUUCAAGGUACAGAUGGCGCCGAAGGUGGUGACUGCUACGGAUGAGGCUGACCUGGCUCGGAAAAUGGAACGGGCUGAGGCCGAAAAUGCCGAAAUCGAUGGUGAUGAUGAUGAGGAGGAAGACGAGGAAGGAAUUACAUACAAUCCGGAAGGUGAGGAAGACGAAGAUGCGGAUGACAAGGGUGAAAGUGGAGACGAGGUCGUGGAGAAAAAGGAGGAAUAAACAAAACGGGGAAGAACAUCCAGAACGAAGACUUGCAAGAGUGUAUCUAUUACGUUCGCGGAAGAAUCGGAAGUGUUCAGUGAGUGGUUUAAUUAAUCGGAACAUCCUAUUAUAUAAAAACAGUAUCCAAUAUUUUUUUGUUCUUUCCAAAAGUUGCCGUUUUGUGUUUCCUUGAAAGGGGAAAAUCGUGUAAGUUAUUUUUAUCAAAUCCUCUAAUUGAUAAUUGCAAAUAGACUAGGUGGAAUAUGAUAAAAGUAGAUAUACAGAA